AUGGCACACUUGGUGAACAUCACUGAAUUUAUUCUUUUAGGAUUUUCCCAAAGGAAGGAAAUCGAGGCGCUCUGCUUUUUCCUAUUUUCACUUUGCUACCUGGCGAUUUUGAUUGGAAAUCUGCUUGUCAUGGUUUCCAUCACCUUCAGCCCACUUAUUCACCAGCCCAUGUAUUUCUUCCUGUGUUACCUCUCCCUCUCCGACCUUUGCUACACCUCCACAGUGACCCCCAAGCUCAUCAUUGACCUACUGGCAACAAAGAAGUCCAUUUCCUACGAUGGCUGCAUGACCCAGCUCUUUACCAUGCACUUUUUUGGAGGCAUUGAGGUCUUCAUCCUCACAGGAAUGGCCUAUGACCGCUACGUGGCCAUCUGCAAGCCCCUGCACUACACGGUCAUUAUGAGCAGGCAGAGAUGCCAUGUGAUGGUCGCUGCCUCCUGUGCCGGGGGCUUCCUCCAUUCCUUUGGUCAGUUUGUCCUGGCCAUCUUCUUACCCUACUGUGGCCCCAAUCGAAUCGAUCACUACUUUUGUGAUGUCUACCCCUUGUUAAAACUGGCCUGUACCGACACCAGCAAGAUUGGUUUAUUGGUCAUUGCCAAUUCUGGCCUGAUGGGCCUGGUGACCUUUGUCGUCUUGCUGAUAUCCUACGGUGUGAUCCUGUACACGGUCCGGUCUUACUCGGCGGAGCAUCGUCACAAAGCGCUGUCCACGUGUUCCUCACACGUCACAGUGGUGGUCCUGUUCUUUGCUCCUUUACUCUUCAUUUACAUCCGACCAGCAAAGACUUUGCCGGAAGACAAAGUGUUUGCUCUGUUUUAUACGAUCCUUGCCCCCAUGCUCAACCCUUUGAUUUAUACUCUAAGAAACACGGAGAUGAAGAAUGCCAUAAGGAGACUCUGGGUGCCAGAUCACAGGAAGUAA